UCAUCUAAAUUUUAUCUUUGUUGAUUUUGGCAAAGACUAUUAGAUUCUUAGUCACAUUCGGGUACGAUAUACCGUUAUACGUAUGCAAUAAGCUAAUCAAUAUAUAUACGACAUGUUUAAAUACAGGUAUGCAGUCUAAAGGUUUUAUGACGCAUAUAUAAGUAACCUGAAAUGCAAAAUCCUUAUCUGAACUAAAACUAUGGCUGACGAAAUUGAUGGAUCAGUCAAUAUAAACGAGUCAUCCACUGGAGACACACAUGAAAAUAAUGAUCUGAGUAAUAAUGCAAACGAUGGGACGAGUAGGGUCUUUGAUGAGGGACAGGAAACACAAGUCGAUGGAGCUCAAGAUGACAAUAAAUUGCCAAUUGUUGAUGAAGCAAGGGAUGAACAGAUAUUGUCAAUAAAUGAUGAAACAAGGGAUGACAAACCAAUGUCAAUAGUUGAUGAAGUAAAGGAUAACAAAACAUUGCCAGUAGUUGAUGAAGUAAAGGAUAACAAAAUAUUGUCAGUAGUUGAAAACGAAGACAGAGAUGAAACAUCGACGAUAAACACAAGUGAGAAUACAACGGAUCCAGGUUCGAUAGAACACAAAUCAAAACGUCGAAAAUCAAAACACACAUCUAAAGUGUCUCCAGUUGUGACAGAUGAGACUGGCAAAGAAAAUAAGGCUCCUAUUUUGCAAGACAGUUUGCAAAACAAUGAGACACUUGAGGUGCAAAAGAAUCAGAUACUUGAGGACAGUAGGGGAUCUGAGCUGUUAUUUGCAGUGAAAAACAGGAAGAAACAAGCAGCUUUGAAACUCAUCGACAAUGGAGCUGACAUACAUUUUCUUGAUCAAACAAAAUGUAAUGUAAUACACUAUGCAGCCUUAGCAGGAUAUGAUGAUUUGAUUUUAAAACUUAUAUCACAAGGGGCCAGUGUAAAGAUAUGGGACUGUAACGGUGAAACAGCACUUCAUAAAGCUGCACGUACGGGUCAUGAAUCAACAGUGGUCACUUUGGUAUCAAAAGGGGCAGAUGUGUAUGCAUUAAACUGGCAAGGUAAUAACCCAUUGGAGCUAGCUGUCCGUGGAAAACAUAUCAAAGUGAUCGAAGCUUUAUGUCUCUUUGGAGCAGACCUUGUCAUGCAAGACUGGCAAUGGCUAGAAGAAGCAAUAACAUCAAGAAACAAGGAGGACCAAGCUAUUGUUGAGAUAUUCAAGAAGCAAAGCAAUCGUUUAGCUGGUUAUAAGCAUGGUGGAAUUAUAUUUGGCGUUAAGUAUAUCGAGCCUGAAAAGGAUACCAAAAUGAAAAAAAUUGGAGCUACUCUAAUGUCAAAGACGAUACAACGUUUACCUUACUUUUUCUAUUGUUGUAAACUUCCUGUGGAAUAUACGAAUGUCCAGAAAUAUAUCAGUGAGGAUAACGAGUUGUUCAGUGAUAUAUACGAGUGUAAAGCAUGGGGAAGUUCAAAUACUGCAUUCACUCUUGAAAUUAAGCUGACUGGACUACCAAAGUGCAACGAAACUUUAAAAGCUGUUUCACCAAAUGGACAUAUUGCAAAUAUUGAGAGUUCAAUUCGGAAUGAAGAGAAAAAUAACACAUAUGUAACCGUUGCUGUCAAUAUCAAAGCUGGUACAGUUGUUUCAUUCAUGUUUGUCACCGUAGAAAAACCAGAGGUGUUUAGCAUUACAGAGCAGGCAGUGACCAUUCAACCACAGAUGGAACCAGAUGCUGAAAUAGAUAUACCCAAGGACACUUUUGAUUCUCCUGGAGACCUUUUAUUUAAUGUCGUGGAGACUAAAGAUGUAAAUACUGAAGAUGCUGAUUCGAUGGAGGAAGCUGUUUUAGUUACGAAUGUAAUUGAUCUCUCCAUGAGUAACCACCAACAACCAAAACAACCCAUAGACAUGAAGUUACCAAUGCAUUCGACAUUAAAUGAAGAUACAGAAAUAGUUAUUUUAACGUCGUCAAAAGAAUUCCCAGAUGAGAUAGAAGAUUGGGAAAUUGAAACUGCACAGAAAGAUAGUCGACGACGAAGUGCUAAUUUUAAAAUUAGGCAUUUCUCCAUAUUUACAGGCGUAACAAAGAAAAAGGUUGAUUCAGAUAUGAUCGGAGUGUGUAUGCUUAUACAAAAAGCUUUGAACAACGAAAGGCAAGUCGAGUUUUUUGCAGUAGUAAAAACACUUUCGCGUGACGAAUACGCCAUUGUUAUAGAAUGUGCAUUACAAAGAAAGGCCAAAAAGAGGAAGAAACAUUGGGAGAGAAAGCAAUACGAGAUGCAAGAGGUCGAGGGUAUCAGUCAUACAGUCAAGGUCAAUCAGUGGUUCCGGGUGAAGUUUGAUGGUAAUAUAAAAAGAAUAGGGACAGACCAGUCAGAUACACAGAAGCUCAUGUUUCAUCCAAACAGAGAUAAUUACCAAAUUUUCAGCACUGAGAUGGUAGACAAAAGUAAUCCUCCAAUUGGUCGAAUCAAGAUUGAACUUAUAGAAGAGACUGGACAAGAACCAAUCAGAGUAGUUGAAAGUAAAGGUUGCUUAAACAAUAAAGAAACGUUGAUACCAAGAGAUCCAAUCACGACGUACAUGAAUCUGACUUCUCUUCCAGUUCACCUUCGGCCACCACCUGCUAACGAUAUAGACGAGCCGCCAAUAGCUGGUCAUCAACCUGUGGAUAUUGAAUGUACAAUUAAAGUACUUAAGAUAACUUCAUUAAUGCAACUGGCGAAAAAACUCAACAUGGACGAGGCCCACCAGUUAGCAAUACAGCUAAAGGUAUCCCCUUCAGAAGUAGCAAAUCUUGCUAGUGAUUUACCUAAGACAGAUGACUUCUUGGAUGCAGUUUUCUGGAAAUGGAGGGGAAGGCGUCCUUACGAAAGUCAGGUUAAUUUUCUGGUUGCCGCAUUAGAAAGAACUGGAAUGGAUAUUGAGGCCGAGGAAGUCAAAGUUGCUCACAAAGAGCUCAGGGAAAUAUGUUUUAGCUGGUAAAAGGAAUAUUCCUUGAAGACAUAACUUUAUUCGUGCGACUUUUAUUCCCACUGUGCAUGUGUUACACCAAAUUAUAAUUCUAUUUUAUUGAUGAUUAAUUUUUUUAAACCUAGUCGAGUGACAACAGGUCCACAUUUUAUUUUGAGGUGCACCAAUCUUAUACAUAUCAAUUUCAUUUAUUAUCUGAAAUCAUGUCAUGAAUUUACUAUAUGGUUUGUUGUCAGCUAGUUACUUUGAUUAAUUUCCGUCAAUAUGAUAACAAACGGGCUUCAAAAUAUAAAUAAAAAAUUCCUUAAAUAAAGUUGGCGUUUCUGACACAAACGAAAAUUAAAAACAUUUACGGAGAUCUAGAAUUGCAUGUGUAUCUGCCUGUGCCUUCUUCUGAGUUAACACUGAUGAAUAAAUAGUACUUGCCGUUUAAAAAAUUAUUGACAUAAUGGUAUUAUAUUAGCUUUGAAAAUUCGUGUUUUUAUUCAAUUAAAUAUAUUUAUAACACA